GCCGGGGCCUCGGCAGCGAGGAUAUUGUUGCCACCUUGGCAGGCGUGCCCAGGGAGUCUUUGGCGGCCGACCACUGGGAGGACAGCGUGGAGCACUACUCGAGGUGCAGGGUCGUUCGGCGCGCCCACGCCACGAUGUUGAAUCUCACGGGCGAGUGGUUCCUACCAUGGUGGCUUGGUGUCCACAAAGAUCAGAGCAACGACCAGCUGCUCGCCCUGGGCACUAUUGGGGCCUACGCGGCAUGCCGGGUCACGAACACGGCGCGCCAUCAAGGUGGUUUCACGGCUUCGGACGGCGAGCGGGCGCUGCAGCAAUCUAUCCGCGAGGCGGUCGGCGGCCACGUCAAGUCCGAGAGUUUCCUCGCCGAGGAGAACGUGGCCGAGAGCAUCCCGACGCAGGCCCCUGCGCCCCCCCAGGCGGCGCCCGCUGCCAGCGCGGCCCCGGAGCUCGAGAGCAAGGCCCAGACAAAGCCGAGCGUGGACCGCGCGGCGGAGUCCUACAACUCCGAGGGCAAGACCGCCAAGGCGGCAGCCGCGGAGGCAGGCGAGGCGGCAGGCGACCCGACGCCCUGCCCCGAACGGACCUGCACCACCUACAGUUGGCACCUCGAG